AAGGCGCUUAUUUUGAAAUUCAAUUGAUAGAAAAUGGAGUGGUUAGGUUCUGCAGCUCUUAUGAUUGGCUUAUGGCUUCUCUAUUUAUGGUUCUUUGGUACAACCAAAACAAGUAUUUCCAAUUACACAAGUCCAACUAUUCGACCAUCAGAAACUGAAAAGUAUCUACCUACAAGAGAGAGUAUUUGGUCUGUUUGGAGACAAGUAUUUUCUCUCCUUGACGAGGAAGUCAAACAACUUCAACGCAAUCAACAGGAACUUUAUAGUUGUACAGAAGACUGGAUUGAUCGAACCCACUCUGACUUGCAUCGUCUACGAAUUGCCAUGAACAAGUUACAUUCCAAGACAUCAGUGAAGUUCAAUCAAGUUGAAGAUGUGAAGAAGAAGAGAUUGAGUCUUCAUCCUUCCAUGAGUUUGGCGUUUUCUAUUCAAGAUGGAACUCUUAGAAUGUAAGAAACUCCAAUUGCCUUUGAUGAUAAAUCGCAAAGUGUCAUAGAAAACCGUAAAAUAUUUUUUUGUAAUUUUAGAAUAUUAGUUUCGCUAUAUGAAGGAAUAGAAAGGACAUCAUAAAAGUUGUUAGCAUGGA